AGUUAUAUCUUUAUUUUUCAUUGAAAGAGCUCAAAACAAGCUUUUGGGCUUCUGGGUCUCAAACAUGAGUAUGAUCAAGUCUCCUAGUGGAAGCAUGGAGUCUCUCAAGAGUGGGAGCUCCUGCUCCAAAUCUCUCCAACCAACUUCUCCAAAUGGUGCAGACUCGGUUUCUGAGACAAAUUCUAAAGCAGAAACUGCAACGGCUCCAUCUACGGAUUUGGAGCUAAAUGGAGCAUUAACCCCACCAAGCCUGAAUUUGCCAGCAGUGAAAUUUGAGUUAGAUGGGGACGUUGAAAUCAAUUCACCAGAUGGUUCUCUUUGGGAGACAUUUUUCUCUGAUCAUGUUGAAGCUGACUUCAUGAUAUCAUCUCCUGUGAGAAAUCAGUCUCCCAGAGCUUAUAACAGCAGUUACUUCCAUGGCCUCCAAGGGCAGAGUACUCUGGCUGGGAGUUCUCCCCCGCGAAGCUUGUCUCAGCUUGGACCAUUUAGCAGCAUAAACCACAAAGGGAAAAGCCAGAGUCCACUUCAUAGAGUUUUUAAUUCUCCAAAUAAUAAUCAGUUUAUGCCAAUUGAGAGCCUUUCCUUGCCAUCUAUUGAUGAUUUCUUGGAUGAUUAUGAGAGAUCAGGAGAUGGGUGUGAAGGAUAUGGAGCUACAAAACAACUGUUUGAUAUGCAUAACUCAGUUGUUCCUCCUCCAUCAAUGUUGGAUGGCUUGUCAUUGCAUAGUAGCUCCAGGUUUUGUGGGUCGGUGACGGCAGAGACUAGCACCAUUGGAACUGCACCAUUGUCACAGCAACUGCAACAAGAACAUCACCAAGAGAAGCACCAACCAUCAUCCUCAUCAACUCCACCACCAUCUCAGCAGAUUAACCAUGGCUUCCCUACAGCUUCUGAACAGGUGAAGUUUCCCGAUCUGCAGGACAGUGGGCUUCAACUGGUUCACCUUCUUCUAGCUUGUGCUGAAGCAGUAGCCAAGGAAGACUAUAUGUUAGCCAGAAGAUACCUCCACCACCUCAAUCAAGUCGUCACACCACUUGGUGAUUCAAUGCAACGAGUAGCAUCUUGCUUCACAGAAGCCUUAACUGCUCGUCUUGCUGCAACACUAACAACAAAGCCAACAACUUCCACCUCAUCACCAAAACCCUUCUCUCCUUUCCCACCAAACUCACUUGAAAUCCUCAAGAUCUAUCAAAUCCUCUACCAAGCUUGUCCUUACAUAAAAUUCGCUCACUUCACAGCCAAUCAAGCUAUAUUUGAAGCCUUUGAAGCUGAAGAGCGUGUUCAUGUUAUAGACCUAGAUAUCCUUCAAGGCUAUCAAUGGCCAGCUUUUAUGCAAGCACUAGCAGCUCGACCCGGUGGAGCUCCAUUUCUCCGGAUAACCGGAGUUGGACCCUCCAUCGAAUCGGUUCAAGACACAGGCCGGUGUUUGGCAGAGCUGGCUCACUCUCUCCACGUCCCAUUUGAGUUCCACCCGGUUGGAGAAGAACUUGAAGACCUUAAACCCCACAUGUUUAACAGAAGAGUUGGUGAGGCUCUGGCGGUUAAUUCGGUUAACCGACUCCACCGUGUUCCUAGUAACUAUGUAGGGCAACUUCUCGCAAUGAUUCGUGACCAAGCACCAAACAUAGUGACCGUAGUUGAACAAGAAGCUACUCACAAUGGACCUUAUUUCUUAGGCAGAUUUCUAGAAGCUUUGCACUAUUAUUCAGCGAUUUUUGAUUCAUUAGAUGCGACGUUUCCACCCGAUUCAGUGCAGAGAGCGAAGGUGGAGCAGUAUAUAUUUGCGCCGGAGAUAAGGAACAUAGUGUCAUGUGAAGGGAGAGAGAGGACAAUGAGGCAUGAAAGGCUUGAGAAAUGGAGGAAAUUAAUGGAAGGUAAAGGAUUUGAAGGGGUUCCAUUGAGUGUAAAUGCAGUGACACAAUCUAAGAUCUUGUUGGGUUUGUAUUCUUGUGAUGGCUAUCGAUUGAUAGAAGAUAACGGUUGCUUGCUUUUAGGGUGGCAAGAUAGAGCACUUCUUGCUGCCUCUGCUUGGCGAUGUUGAAAAGCUUCUUUACUUGCAUGGAUUAUGGAUGCUGGAAAUUAAUUCUAGGUUCUUUUGUUUAUUGCAGAUUUUUCUUAAAUGUUUUUUGUUUAAGCAAUUUACUUUGCAGAACAUACAAGAAAGGAAAAGGAUGGAUCUUUUUUCUAUUUGUUGAAAAUGACCGUAUUAUGAUCAGGAUUAGGUCCCUAUUUUCUUUUAAUUAAUUCGUUCUAUGUAUAAUGUUUAUGUUUUAAUAAUAUUGAGGAGGAAAUAAUUGUUUUAUUUGGUACAAGAUCUUGAAUGCAUUUCUAAUUCCCGUCCUGGAUGUCUUAAGCACUUAGACUGUGAAGGCUCUCUCUCUCACAUAGGAAGAUGGUAUAAGAUAAAGCAAAAAAUAAAUAAAAUAAAUAAAAUUAAUGACUACAAGUUUGAAGGAGGUACCUGUUCUGCAGA